UUUCCCAGGACGACAUCAGAAGAUUGCUAGACGACAUAGUGACCCAGUUCGGCAUAGAAUCCAGUGCCAGUGACAUUCUGGACGAUCCACUGACUGCCGAAGCCAGGAAGUUAGAAGUAGCAAUUGUGCUCUUGUAUAUACUUCGAGAACAAGGUCUGAGCAAAGAAGCCGCUGGAGAGACAACGGACGUGACUCUGGCAACAAUUGAGGCAAUUGGUGAAGUUUUAGAACUCAGUAUCACGAAAACAG